UUUCAAUCGCUAUUUACAUAAACACCAGAAUGAAAUCCUAUAUCGCUGCUGCCUUUCUUGGUUUCCUCGUAAUGGCCACAUUCGCGGAAGAACGCUAUCAAUCCCCUUCUGUCGAAUUUCUUAGUGAUAAUACCCCUAUGGAUGAAAUUAAUUCGUCCGUAGUGGGUAACUCGGAUGGUGCUACAGUUCGCACCAAGCGACAAUACGGGUACGGAAGGGGAGGAAAUUGGACACCUCGAUGCUGCAAUUAUGGAUACAAUUUCUCGCCCGGCUGCCAAUACAACGGUUUUUGGAAUGCAAAUAAUAAUCCUUACUGUCGUGGUUAUGGUUAUGGUAGAGGUCGAGGCGGAUACGGUGUAUACAACCGAGGAUACAACCGUGGUUACAACCGUGGUGGUUACAACAGUGGAGACGAUAAUUACCCACAAUGUACCUAUGCGGGCCAAGCCAAUUGUUAUGGAAAUCAAAUAUGAGGUGUGAGUAUUACCGAGGCCAGGAAUGUCACAUAUUCAUAAUAAAGUGAAUUAUUUAUGUAUACCACUAGAGUAAAUAGUGUGUUACUUUAAAACCAAUAAAAAUACAAUCGAAUGAAAUGGA